UUUGCACCAAACCAUUUUGAUAUGAAUGAUUCAUUUCCUUGUGACGGCGCUGACCGCAGAUCAGGCGCUGACGGACUCCAGUCUCCUGUCAACAAACUGCGGGUCAGGCGCUGCAGCGCCGGCGGGCGGACAGAUGCUGAUUGGAGCGCUGUGAUUGGUCCGUGUCGGUGGGCGUUUCCGCAUUCCGCGAAGCGCUGGCGACGGGAGCGCAACUCGGAGGCUGUGUCGCGUCCGCCAAGAAGCUGGUCGGUGAUUCCAGGGGAGCAGCGGUGCGACGCCAGGCAGGCAGCAGGAUGCCCUACAUGCUGAUCAGCACGCAGAUCCGACUGGAGACGGGUCCAACCAACGUGGGGGAUGAAUACUCCGACCCCGUGGUCAUGAAUUACCUGGGAGCAAGGAAAACCACCAUGCUGGGAAACAACUUCUCCGAGUACCACGUGGACGAGCCGCCGCGCCUGGUUCUGGACAAGCUGGAGCGGAUCGGCUUCCGCGUGCUGACGAUGACGGGCGUGGGACAGACGCUGGUGUGGUGCCUUCACAAGGACAAGGAGUGACGCCGCCGCCGCGUCGCACGUGAGCCGCAGUCCAGAGUCUCUGUCCAGCUUUGUGUUGUUUGAGUUUGUGCGACGCUGCAGCAAAGGAUUGUUUGCAUUGACGCAUAUGUACCUACAUGAUCCUACAACGCUGCUUUUGCAAGUGAUUAAAUUCUGCGACUAUGCUGA